AUGGCCGCUACAAACCAGAUGAAUAUACAACAGCAGCCAAGGAUGCCAAAUAUGCAACAACAGCCAAGGAUGCCGUAUCCGCUUUAUGGCAUGCCACCCGAAAUGGGAUUCGGCCAAGGAUUCAUCCCUCAGCCGAACCAAGUAAACAACAAUGUGGCUCAAAACCAUCAGCAGAACAAUCAUCAAGGAGGAGGUCAAGACCGACCGGUUCGGCUCAAUGAGUUUCAAAAUUUAGUUGAAGAUCUUAUGGGAGUCUUACCAAGACGGGUGGAGAGACCAACUUAUGUUAAACCGUAUCCUGCAUAUAUUGAUACCAUCCCGUACCCAGCAGGAUAUCGCAUUCCCUCAUUCACGUUGUUCUCUGGAGAUGCAUAUCAAUCCACUGUAGAACAUAUUGGCCGAUUCACGGCCCAGUGCGGAGAGGCUAGCUCUGACGACAACAAGCUAAGGCUAUUCAUCCACUUCCUCACGGGACCAGCCUUCACUUGGUUCAUCAAUCUCCCACCCAACUCAGUCAAUAAUUGGAGGGAAAUGGAACGAGCUUUCCAUGACCAAUAUUAUCGAGCGCAACAAGAGAUUAGGUUGGCUGAUCUGGCCAAGACGUCGCAGAUGAGUCAUGAGACUGCACAAGAAUACUUAAGCCGCUUCAAAUUAGCUAGAGCACGAUGUCGAGUAAGACUGCCUGAAUCUGAGUUCGUAGAUAUGGCUGUAGCUGGUUUGAGCUUCAAAUUCAGAGAACAUUUUGAGGGUGUUAACUUCAAUGAUCUAUUCGAGCUCGAGACAAGAAUCGAUCGGUAUGAUGCCUCCUGA